AUGGUGACUGACACAUGGGGCUUCGUUGGCAAUUGCAACAGCAAAUCACAGUUUUUCUUUGCAGCCAAUAAGGUAUUUCCAGUACAUGCAAUGGAUAAAUCUAUUUUUAUUGUUUUAUUCUGGAGUCUUUGUAUUCUAGUGCAUUUAGAAGGACUACCAAUCAGCAAGAGGUCCAUCAGUGAAGUCCAGCUGAUGCACAAUGUUGGAGAACACAAGCAAGCAGUGGAAAGGCAGGACUGGCUUCAAGUAAAGCUGAAGACUGUAAUCAUACCCAGUAUCAAUGAUUCACAAAAAGGACAAAAGGGAAAAACCAGGACUCUUUAUUCAGAUUUCCAAGCCUGGGGCAGUCCAGUCCUGAUCUCAAGUUAACACUGGGAAGUCCAUCUGUAUUGUCUUACCUACCUUUUUUUUUUCUAUGUUUUAAUACCACAGAGAUAAGACAAACUUUCUCUGGCUCUGUGUUAAAUCUUUGUUGAUUAAGUGCACUAAUUUGCCAUUUAUUUUAUUUAUUGUUUUGUAGUAAUUUAUUUAAUUAUUUCUAUGGCAUUAAUUCAUCUUUGACUAGUUUUGCAAUCUACUUCAAAUUUAUGUCAAGAGGGCAAGGACAAUGAAGGGCACCGCUUCUGCUGUAUGCCUUUUACUAGAAUAUUUAGUAGUAUUAUUUAUCAUUUAAAUAUCUAUUGUUUUAUAUUUUAUUUUAUUCUAAAGUGUUAGCCCAAAUAAAACUGUUUUUU